UGCAAAGGCCAGGAGUAAUGGAAUAUACUAUCUCACGUAUGAAGGAAAUAAAUUUACGAGUGGACACAUUGCUGCGCUGCUCUGCUCCAUUGCCUUUGUUUAUUCUCAACUCCAUUGAUCUGUUUCUUAUUCAUAGAAAGAUUCGAUUCUCACACAGAUAAAGUAGAAUACAAUGAAAAACAGAGCAAUUAUAGACGAAGGGUACGUAUACGCCGAAGAAAAGCAGCUGACUGUUCGGAAAACAUCUCUUUUCUUCGCCGGAGAUGGAUUCUCCGCCUACGAUUGCGACGGCGGACUUCUCUUCCGCGUAGACACUUACGGCCCCGAUGCGCGCGACCGGAGCGAAGUCGUCCUCAUGGACGCCGCCGGAAAAUGCCUCCUCUCCGUCCGGCGGAAGAGGCCGAGCCUGCACAACCGAUGGGAGGGGUACUUAGGGGAGAGAGUGGAGGGGCAGAAUCCGAUCUUUAGCGUGCGGCGGUCGUCGAUAAUCGGACGGUCGAGCGUGGCGGUCGAGGUGUACCACACUCCAAGCGAAGAGUACACCAUCGAAGGGUCGUUCGCCCACCGGAGCUGCACGAUGUACAACGCCGACAAGGAAUGCGUGGCGGAGAUUCGUCGGAAAGUAGACUUAUCAACGAAUGUGGUGCUUGGUAAGGACGUGUUCUCACUCACACUCAAUCCUGGCUUUGAUGGGGCCUUUGCAAUGGGCUUGGUCCUCGUGCUGGACCAGAUCGACGGUGAUGAUUAUCUCAGCGACAUCAGCCCUGGUAAACGAGUCAACGUGGAUCCCACCUGUGGUGACACUAAUAUUACUCCUUAAUUGUUGAUCAAAUAAUAGCAAACCUAGAAAUAAAUCUACAUGUACUUUAUUAAAACUUUCAAUAUUAAGGUAGUUGCAAGUUGCUUACCUAGAUUUUUGUAAGUUAACUGGUCCGAAAAAUACAUAUUCCGGACCAGUUAACUUGCAAAAAUCAUUUGACGAUCUUCCCGAUUGAGUUUUUGGCUGAAUUUUUUUGUGGAUAAACUAGACUUGAUGGAGAACAUGUCAUAAAAAUUUCAUCAAAAAAAGCCACCGGGAAGGCGGCCAAACGCCUUGGUCCGGACGGCGGUUCCGGUCAGGAGCUCCUGACCGGAUCAUUACUCUCUCUCUCUCUCUCUCUCUCUCUCUCUCUCUCUCUCUCUCUAUAUAUAUAUAUAUAUAUAUAUAUAUAUAUAUAUAUAUAUAUAGAGUGCUCUUCUCAUCAGGCCGGCCUGACGGGAUGCUCCGUCCGGUCGAGCCCAUUUGGGCACCUUCCCGGUGGAAUUUUUUGAUGAAUUUUUUUGAGCAUGUUUCCCA